AUGGCUCCAUGCGUCGCGCAUAAGUCGAAGGUCAUGCCUGCUGAAUCGUCUUCUAGCGAGGACAACUUGAUUCAGUGCUAUAACAAAGGUUGCGGGCAGAAGUUCGACCGACGACAUAACCAGUAUCCCCGACGGGCCGCACGAUACAUGUAUGGGCUCAACUUUCCGGGAUGUACUCGUGGGAAGCAUAAUGGGGAAAAACCUGCUGACAUAGUGAAAGUGGCCGCUGAAGAAGAUGUCAUCGUGUGGAAAGGAUUGAACAAACCAGCUGAACGUAAGGCGGAAGAAGAAAGGAAGGAAGUAGCUCUGAAGAUGGAUGUUACUCCUGGCGCCCAAGCGGCUUUGCAACGCUAUCGCGAACAACAAGGAACAAUCCAACCAUCAUAUUCGGGUCCGGAGUCAGACGCAACACCAUGUAUUCACCAUCCUGGCCAGGCAAUAUUCCAUGAAGGCAUGAAGUAUUGGUCUUGUUGUGAGAAGAAGACUUCUAACUUCAACGCUUUCUUAGCGCAAGGUGGCUGUCAGAGAGGAAAGCAUCAGUGGAGCGCAAAUGAAAAAGUCGAGAACAUACGAGAUGAUUGGUUUUCUAGUAACGGAACGAUCACAAUUAAUGUGUAUUGCAAAGGUGCGGUUCCUGAUGACGUCCGAGUAACCAGCGAUGGGCAGAUGUUGCGCCUCCAUGUUGUCCAUGGUUUUGGGAAGAAAGAAACGGAUCUUAUCUAUGAUCUCUGGGGUGAAAUUAUAUGUAGUGAAAGUCGUGUUGUAGUAGGAGAAAGGAAGGUGGAAAUUAUUAUGAAGCAGAAGGAUGUUGCUGGUUGGCCUCGGUUGCGUUACGACCCUGCUUUAGAUGGAAGGGAGAAUGUGGAAGAAGUUGUGGCAGAAUGA